GGGAAGCAGGCCAUAGCCGAUUGGUACAUUCUCAACUUGCCGCUGACGGCUUCGCUUCAGGGCCAGAAUCUUGGGCGCACCAGUGUCCCCGCGCAGAGGUUGUGCGAGAAGUGGGGGCAGGCAGGAGAUCCCGAGUCCAUGAGCGCAUCUGCCAUCUUGCGCGACCACCUGUCUGCCUGCGACGCGGCCUCCAAGCUGCGCAGCCAGGCCCACGCGAUCGAGAAGACCGAGAUGCACAAGUACAUGAGGACCUUGACGGAGAAGCGUACGGACUGGCCCACGAACAUAAAGCUCGAACUCGUCAAGCGCAGCAUCAAGGAGAAGCGCGAGGCAGGCGACUUGGACGGGGUCUUGGUUGCAUCGUCUCCUUGGCGUUAUUCGGACUCGGACGCCGAGUGCGAAUGGGACCCCUUCAAGCCUACCGUGUCAGCUGUUGAGGGCAGCAUCGCAGGGGAGCCCAGCAACUUCGCUCACAUGCUCGUCGACGAGACGCUGGGGAGAAGCCAUGUGGUGUUUGGUGUGUGUAAAACUGCGCUGCAACGGUUCGACCUCAUCGGUGAAGACAUCGACGAGGGAUACGGAGAAGUCACCGGCACCCUGAUGCACAUUUUCAAGGCGUUGGUGGCCUUCAUCGUCCCUGAGCCUGGGUAUCUCAACUGUUCCGAUGCCAACGUGGACGUUCUAUUCAUCCAUGCCUUGGUGGAGCCGAUGCGCAAGACCCAGCCGUGGGCACGCGCGCUGGCAACAGUUGUCAAGUCGACGCCCUACUGGAAGGAUCUGCUGAACGACUUCAGGACCACGCGUGAAGCUACCCUGAUUGAGUGGCCCAAGCUCGUAAGCCUCAUGGAUCAGUUCGCGAAGAGGGAAGACGUGCCGACUGAGACGGUCACGUGGGUGCUGGACAACUACACGACAUGGUUGGGCACUUUGCGCCACAAUCUAAUGCCGAAGUUCGAGACGAUCCUCAUCUACCGCCUGGGGAACAUCUCACUUGACGUGGGGGAGGCGAAGAAGUCUGGCGAUCGUGAGCGGUUCAGGGUCGGGGUCCAGGAUCGUCGCAACGCCAUGGUGCAGGUCGCCGAGCUCCUUGGACACAAAGCAGCGUUUCGCAACUGUGUCACAACCUUCGACGAGUGGAUCGCCACCGAUGGCGCGCACUCGGCCUACCACCAGCUUGAGUUGAGCCUCGUGACGAUCGCGGACUCCCAGGACAUGUCGUGGGCCGCCGCACAGGACUGCGGUUUGCUGUGA